AUGUCGUUGGAAUCAAACCGCAUUUCUAAUAAUAGGGUUAGCUUCACCUCCGAUAAACCCAUUGGGAAUAAGUUGACUAGUCGAGAUGAAGAAGAAAAUGAAAGUGCCGUGAUUUUUGAUGAUGAUGUUGUCGCUAGUGUAGACGGAAUUAGCAAUCAUGGCAGUACGCGGAAGGAUUCCUCGUUAAAUCGAAUGAAGUCUAAUGCAUCGAAAAGUCAUCCAUUGCAUAGAAGUUCUUCAAAAUUUUCACGCACAGGUUCGAAAGCAAUUAAAAGGCAGGCUGAAAAUUUGAUAGAAUCAGGAAGAGGGCAUAGAACUGGCAGUAUUUUACUUACUCCAGCCAAUAAUAAAAUUCGCAACCGCACUAGGUCCAAUUCAAGUAAUGUGAAUAAUCUCAAUCCCCCGAUCUUUAAAUCCAUUUCAAAAGUUAGUAACAACAGCCAAAGGAAAUCUCCUAGAAAAGAAUCUGUGCAGUCUAGUAAUAAUGAUUCUAGUGAAUCUGAAAGUGAUGUGGACUCACAUGCAUCGGGCGAUUCUCAAGAAACAGAGGAGGAUGUCUGCUUCCCUAUGAUACCGAAGCACAUUCGGGUUGGUGAUGUUGAUGUCGAUGAGCUCGAAGAAUAUAUUCAAACAGAGAAGAUUGAAAAUGAGGAAAUUUUAAAACGUGAACAAGCCAUUAGAAAUUCUUCCGUGGGGUUAAAUAGAAUGAUGACUACGGGAUCACAAAACUUUAGUACUUCUGCUUUAAAAUACUCACCCAAAGGUUAUCAGUUGUCGAACUUUUCCAGAAAUGGGCUCUCUGGUGGUGGACUAGAUCAGAAUCACAAAAUAGGCAGCUUUCAAAUUGGUGACAAUGUAUCGUCAAAUUCAUCCUCUGGUAAUAAUGCACCUGCCUCUUUCCCUCAAGUUGAAAAGUUUUAUGGGGGUGAGAAUGGAACUUCAGAACCUCCGAACAGAUUCAGCUUCUUUAAUUCUAAACGUGAAGAAACAAUACAUUCCCCAGAUAUUUCAAGUCUUUUGGCGCCAGGGACGCAUGUUUUAGAUUUGUUUGAACCAGAGGAUUCGGUGUGGUGGUUAGACUGCACGUGUCCAACUGAGGAUGAAAUGAAAGUACUUGCGAAGGCAUUUGGUAUUCAUCCUUUGACGGCCGAGGAUAUUAGAACCCAGGAAGCACGGGAGAAAGUUGAACUAUUUAAAACGUAUUACUUUGUCUGUUUUCAUACUUUUGAGGACGACAAUGAAAGCGAAGAUUUUUUGGAACGAGUUAAUGUAUAUAUGGUCGUUUUUCGGCAGGGUAUGCUAACUGUUCAUUUCUCACCGAUUAAUAAUCCGGCAAGUGUUAGGCGAAGAGUCAGGCAGUUAAGGGACUAUGUUGAGUUAUCAUCCGACUGGCUUUGUUACGCACUGGUCGAUGACAUCACCGAUGGAUUUGCCCCUGUUAUAUCUUCAAUUGAAUAUGAGGCUGAGGCAAUAGAGGACACAGUAUUUUUUUUAAAGGAAAAGGAUUUCAGGGCAAUGCUUUUCAGAAUUGGUGAAUCACGAAGAAAGGUGAUGACUUUGAUGCGUUUGCUACAAGGUAAGGCGGAUGUCAUUAAAAUGUUUGCGAAGCGGUGUCAGGAAGAUAAAAAAUUACCAUCUGUGACCGCUAGCCAACCUGUCAAGCCACGAUCCGGAAUAGCGCUUUAUCUUGGUGAUAUUCAGGAUCAUCUUAUUACUAUGUUCCAGUCGUUGUUGUCUUAUGAAAAGGUGCUUAGUAGAGCGCAUGCAAAUUAUCUUGCUCAACUUCAGGUUGAAUCCUUUAAUUUUAAUAAUUUGGUCACGGAUAUGUUAUCUAAAGUUACAUUCUUGGGAACCAUUUUAGUUCCUAUGAAUUUGGUAACGGGAUUAUUUGGUAUGAACGUUACUGUUCCUGGUGGGGAUGUCGAAAAUUAUGGUUGGUUUGGAGGUAUUUUGGGAUUUAUUAUUUUUGUGUGCAUUGUGGCAGCAGGAUUGGGUGAAUGGUACAUGAAUCGAUUAUCCAAAAAAGCUAGUGUUGAGUCCACUUCCUCAACUAGAAGUUUCAAAAUUGGAAAGCACCGGAACAGUGCUGUGUAUGAUCGUCGUACAGUCACUAGUUUGCCGAGUAAGUUCACGCGGUAUGGUGAUUGGCAUUAA